AUGCAAAAUGGGAUCUGGGUCUCCAAAAGUUAGUUGUAUUUUUCUUUCUCUGGCGGCUUUUUUGCAUUUCACUGAAAAACUUUAAACACGGCAUUAAUUUUGCAGUUUGCUUUUCUCCGUCUCACAAAAGCUUGAUAGCUUAUAUCUUUAUGCUCACUAGUAAUGUUUGAACUUUCAAGGGAUGAAGGCUUUAAACGGGUCUCAGGCUGCAGAAAAUGUGGGUAUAGACGCAAUCGAAUUUUAUUUUCCUCGUAACUACGUAGAGCAAACUGAUUUGGAAAAGGUAUCGAAUUUUAAUUAAAAAAUUUUUUUUUUCUUACUUCAGUUUGAUUCUGUUUCAAGCGGAAAGUACACGAUUGGGUUGGGGCAACAAGAAAUGGGUUUUUGUGCUGACAACGAAGACAUUGUCUCUAUUUCUCUCACAGCGACUAGCAACUUACUAGAAAAGUAUAAUGUUUGUUCAUCAUUGCAAAAAUUUUCAAUGUUAUAAUUUUUUCCAGAUUGAUAAAGAUUCAAUCGGUUGUCUUGUAGUCGGCACCGAGACAUUGAUUGAUAAAAGCAAAUCUGUGAAAACAGCUCUAAUGGAGUUAUUCGGAGGAAACACCGACAUUGAGGUUUUGCGCAAGUUUAAUCCUCACAAAAAUCUCUAGAUUUACAGGGCGUUGAUGUGAAAAACGCCUGUUUCGGAGGAACUCAGGUGAGAUUGUCACUCGUUAAAUAUGAUCUUAUCUUCAUCACGUAAAGUACGAAUUUAGGCACUUUUGCAUGCGAUAGAUUGGAUUUAUGUUAAAUAUCCAUAUGAGAAGCGCUGUGCGAUUGUGGUUCUUGCAGAUAUAGCGAUUUACGAUAGCGGCCCCGCAAGAUGCACUGGUGGUAAGUUCAGGAAGGAUUCAAAAUGGAACAAUUGUUUAUUUUAUAUUCCAGGCGCUGGGGCAGUUGCGGUUCUUAUUAAACCAAAUGCUGCUAUCCCAAUCGAUAGGUUUUCUUCUUCUGUCUGUAUGAAAAAUACAUGGGAUUUUUAUAAACCUAUUGGUGGGAAAAAGAAGUGUUCAGAUAAACGCUUGAGAUUCAGGAGCGAAAGUAACUGAAUAUCCUGUGGUUAAUGGUCAGGAUUCUUUGCAUUCUUAUGUCUUGGCUGUCCAAACUUGUUAUAACACGUACCGCGAAAAAGUUAAGAGGAUUCACGGAAAAAGUUUGGCGCAGCAUCGUUUGGGAAAUUAUUCAGAUUGAAAUUCAGAUGUGAAAUUGGACGAUUUUUCUGCAAUAUUUUUCCACUGCCCUUUUACGAAACUGGUUCGCAAAGCUUUAGCUAUUUUGAGCGAUCUGGAUAAGCACAAUACUUCUGAAAGGUGUUUGUUUAUCCAGUUCCAUGAAAAAAAAUUUUGAUUAGUUUCGACGGAAUCGAGCUAAUGAACAACCGGGUCUUGAUGGACAACUCGAUAAAAACCUCUGAGCAGUUGUGGAAAGAAAAGACGGACGAUUUCCUUGUUUUCAAUCGCCGUAUUGGAAACAUGUACACGCCUUCUCUUUUCGCUCAGUUCAUGGCUUUCCUCACCUCCACGGAUUGGUUCGAACCUCUUCAUAUUAUCUCAUUCGUUUAUAUUUCACAGGCUUUCUGAACCUCGAGAACCGUCUAUGCUCUUUUUCGCAUACGGCAGCGGCUUUGCUUCGGCUAUUUUCUCUGCAAGGAUAUGUUUGGAAUCACCAGCUCUUCCCAAAUUACAAGAGGUUGAGAUUUUUCAAAAUUUAUUUUGAUCUCAGUUCUGAAUUGAGAAUAAUUUAAAAAAACAUAUGCAGAAAUAAUUUGAAAAAUAUUAACCUCAAAAAAAAAUAGUUGAAUAUGUCUGGUUGAGGUUUCGAGGAAUAUAAUUAUGUUUCGAGGAAUAUAAUUAUGAAUACUUUAAUUAUGUGUAUCUGAUUAAAAAAAUUUUUUUAUAAGAUUCCUGCCUGUCAAAGUUUUCCGAAUUUCUUUUAUUCAUUAAAAAUAAAGAAUGAUAGAUUAUGUUUAUGUGCCUUUACCAAUUUUUCGUGGUUGGUCAAAAUAUUUUUUUCUGAAGGUAGCCCGAGCAGCUUUCAAGAGGCUUGACGAGCGGAAGCGUUUUUCUGCAGAAGAUUUCACUCGAGUCUUGAAAAUGCGCGAGGAUCUGCUUCAUUCGGAAGGUUCUUCGAGUUAUAUUUUAUAUUGUAAUCUUAAAAUUUGAGUUCCAUUCACCCCAAAAGCCACCGACUGCGCCGAUCUCGACUUGAAGCUGUUUGAAAAAACAUAUUUUUUGAAACACAUUGACGAUAAGUAUAGAAGAGAUUAUGAUCGCUGUUGAUUUUCUUGAUUCUUUUUCUUGUUCUAUUCAUUUUGUAUGCUAGUUAUUCUAUAGGUUGGAUAUUCUGUUAUUGAUUGUUGAUUCAAGUUUCGUUUCAUUGUUAAAUAGACGGCUUUUCGUAAUUACGUGUUAUUAUCGGUUACUUACCUUGUUUAUGAUAUUAUUUCGCAUGAAUUAGAGUGAUCAAAUAUUAUAUUGCCUUACCGUUGAUAAAAGUUUUCACUUAUGUCUUGCUGUCGAACCUUAAGGAUUGACGUUUUUUUCGUCGAUUUCUACCUUCUCAAAAUUAUUUGUUUUAGCGUUUGAAUUUAAAUUCAAUAUUCAGUCCAGUCCUGAUGGCUCGCUCCCGUUCUAGUGACUCGAGCGAGGGCAGUCAAAACCACUACUCCGAAGAUGAGGGACGCUCUCACAGGUAGAAAAUCUUUUUCCGAAGUAUACAUAUCAUACCUGUGAAGGAAAUCGCCUCCGAAAUCAAAGUCGAAGGCUCGUCGAAGAAACGACGACGACGACUACUCGCGCGACAGUCGUCCACGCAAAAAGGAGCGUCGCUCUGAAAGCCGGGAAGACCGACGUCGUCAUAGGUGGGGUGACCUCAAUAAGUUAAAAUCGAGCGAAUUUUCAGUCGGACGCGGUCUCCGUCGCCUCAUCGCGGCUCGCGGAGCAGUCGCUCUUCGCGCAACAACGAUUCCAAGCAUCGCGGCAGCGCUCGCAGUUCUCGGCCAGCCUUCUCUUCCUCUCUCACCAACAUCGGCCCUCCGGCUAUCGAUCAAAACGAUUUCGAUUCCUGGAUGGGUAUCUUGAGCAACAUCGAGAACCAGGCAUUUCAAAAUUCUUAGAAUACUUUGAAAAAAAGGUUGUUCAGAAAGACAAUGAUUACGUCCGAGAGAAGUACUGGCAGUUCCUCGAUCGCUACCCUUAUUGCUACGGUUUCUGGCAAAAGUUUGCAGAGUUUGAGAAACGCCAGGGAAACCUUACAGAAGCCUUGAAGGUUUGCAGAUAUUCACGGAAAGAGAUCAACAAUUGAUAUAUUAGGAGGCGAAGAAAAAAAAAAAUCUAAAAAUGAAUACUGAUAGAAAAUUUCAAAGUAGGAUCGAGAAAUUUUCAAACCAAUCAUGCAGUAGAAUCCUUUCUUCGAAAAAAUUAACUUUUCUUAAGUUUCAAACUUUUUCAGUGGCUGUUCUUGGAGUUUUUUAGUUUCCUCUCUACAGAUUUCCUGUUUAACUUUGCUCGGAUUGAAUUUGGAUAAAUAAGUUUUUUUUUUCUGAUGGUUUUAGUUAGGGACAGUUUUUUUUUCAAAUGAAUGAACUGAUGCGAAAAUUAUAGUUUGUUUUUCAGGUGUGGGAGAAAAGUAUCCUUGCUAUUCCGUUAUCCAUCGACCUCUGGCUCGGCUUCCUGGCUUUUAUGCGAGAAUUGUCUCAAGGAAUGAAUGAGAAGGAAGAAGAAAUCAGAGAGUGCGUUGAUUCUUGUUGUUUUCUGAGUGGAAAGUGGAUAAAUUCAACAGAUAUGUGUUGAUUAAUCAUACUUUUGAUAGGAUGGACAGAUCAAUUUCAAAGAAUGUUUGGUCAACUCCCUUUUUUGAUUUUUUCCGUAACGGAAACCUAUGAAUUUUUUUUUUAGACCAAAGAUUUUUUUUCUCGUAGGACUGGUAUGAAAAAAAAGAGUGGAACUCUCAAAUUUAAGUUUUUUUUUUUCAAUUUUUCAGAAGGUGGUCGUUUAUAUAAAGUGACCCUUUUGCUGUUUUCUGAAAAUUUACAGUAGAAACGUAAACAUUUAAUGAAAGCUGUGGCUUCGAAUUUCACGCUCUUAAAUAAUUCGUUCAUUAGGAACCUUGCGAAAUUCAAUUAUUUCCCAUAUACUGAAUAAUACAGACUCUACGAGCGAGCGCUGUCAAUCGCGGGCCUCGAGUUCCAGAGCGACCGUCUUUGGCUCGACGCCAUCGGCUGGGAACAACAUCAAUACGUGCAGGCUCUGCUCAGCGGGAGACACGACGCCUCGGCCGUUCACGUCGGAAAAUUGUUCGACCGACUUCUGGCGACUCCGACGGCCGCUCACUCAACCCACAUUACGCGGUAAAAACUCGACUUUUGGAUGAAAAGAGGCUUGUUUCCAGUUAUGCUGCGUACAUCAACGGCAUUGAGCCGGACGUCCUUCUCACCGAUGAAGAAUAUGAAGAUGUUCUGAGUAAAGCAAGGAAGAACGUCACCACCGGCGUGCGUCAAUCUUAUGAAAAAGGCAUAAAAGAUGAGAUGAUUUGCAGAUUGACGAUCUUUUCCGCGAUGAGGAGGUGACUAGGUUCGUGAAACUCGCCGAAGAUGGAAGAACCUGGGUGCAGGUAGAUCCGUCGGCGUCCGAAGAGGAGGGCGUCAGGAUUGUCGUGGGACGCGAGAAGAAGGUUCAAAGCUUUACGCUUGGAGAAAUAACCCCUAUUUUCAGCACGACGCUGACCUUCUCCACUUUAUGAGAUACGAAAUUUUGGAUCGGCGACAGAAACUUCAUCAGGACACGGCUCUGUUCACAGCGAAACGACUCAAUUUCGAGAACCAGGUCCCCAUUUUUGGAUGAUUUCCCAUUUUGAACGCUUUUUCAUGUUAAGAUCAAGAGACCUUACUUCCACGUGAAACCGCUGGAGUUCCACCAACUUCUCAAUUGGAUCGCUUAUCUCGACUUUGAGAUUCAGGUUUGUUCACGUUUAAUGAGUUCGCUUACGGAGAGAAAAAUGCCUACCUUCACCUUCUAUCAGUGUAGAAGUUCUCCUCUAGGUGAGUUCAAGUUUUGGGUCUUCAUUACGUCUCAGAUGGGAAAAUGAGGAAGUUUUCUCAAUUUUUUUUUCGUUGAUAUUAUUCAUAUCUAUUUUACUUUUGCGAAUGGUGGAAGACUUUCAGGAAGGAGAGGACGAACGUGUGAAUGUUCUCUUCGAGAGGUGCCUGAUUGCCUGCGCGCUGUACGAGGAGUUUUGGAUAAAGGUGAAGAAGUUCAUAGUUUCAAAAAAUCAAAAAAAAUGUUUUAAUAGGAGAAAUAUUACUUCGUGAGCCUUUCUCUCACUGCUUUUAAGAAUUCUCGCUCGUAUCAAAUGUCUCUCUCGGAAUAUUUUUUUUUUAAUGAAAUGCUCGUUUCAGAAACUAAUUUUCAAGAUUUUCGUUUGGAUUUAGUUUUUAUUUCUGAAAGGUUUUCGAAAUCCCAAAUGAAAAAAAAAAAAAAUACACUGGAAGAUACUUUAUUGACCACAAAUUGCGAUAUAUAUAAAUCUGACAAUCGCGACGAGUUCAGUACGCUCGAUGGAUGUGGGCGCAGCGGAAGUCAGAAUCGAAGGUCCGUGACAUCUACCAGAGGGCGAGUGUGCACGUCGGCAACUCGGCUCAGCUCGCCAUCGCUCGAGCCUCCUUCGAGGAAGCCCGCGGUACUGUAAUCCGAGUAAACAGUCAACUCUUUUUCGACUCUCUCGUUGUCACGUAUCCGACCGAAGAAAUAUUUUUGCUAUGUCAAUUUACACUGACACACAUUCGAAGAAUUGAGAAGAUGUUGGGAGAAAAAAAGGUCGGGCUCCAAAUUUUGGUAAGCUUUCCCAGCGGACCAGGUAAUUUUUCUCUCUCGAAUAAUUAGGUCGAUAGUGUUUAUAUCAAACGAAUGAUAUUAAUGACAAGAGAGAAGCUUUUUUUUUUCGGUUUUCAUGAGCUCAACCAGAAUGUUUUAGAGCUGGGAAGCUUUGAAGCUCUGAAAACUUCAUAUCUGUUAGGAAUAAUUCAUUCUAAUAUAUCAAAUUUUUUCGAAGUGUUCAUAUGCGUUCAUUCAACAUGUAAAGCGAAAAAAUUGGAAAAAUGUAUUUUUUGGAUGUAUCAGAAUUGAAAUAAUCUAUAUUUCUUAAACCUCUUAGAAUUGUCUAGAACUUGAUAUGAUUUCAAAUUUACUGUUUUUUUAUUUUUUUCUCAUAAAAAAAGCUUCCUCCAUAGAAGGAUAACUGAAAUAUGUUCCUUUUUUUAGUUACAUUUUUUUAAAGGUAGUUAGGUUGAAAAAUCAAAUGUUUUGAGUCAGUUUAUUUUUCGAUCUUGCAAAAAAAGUUCAGAUUUCGCUACUUCGUAAGCGCAAACCAAAAUUUUUUUUUCAUUUUUGAAGUUUUUUCGACCACGUUUCAACCAAAAAUACAUAAAAAGAAAAUGCUUGCUGUGUCUUAUAUAUUCAAAAAAGCAUAAUUUACUGAAUCCGUUUUUUUUUUCAUUGAGCCCACUUUUGAACGAUUAAACGCACAGAGUCAAAUAUAUUCUACGGAUGCUGUUCUUUCUUGAUUUUGAAUGAAAUUGCUGUGUCUCCCAUAGAAGACAUAUUGGAUCUAGUGGGCCUGAUUUCGUUUUAUAUUAUUGAAGCAGUAGCCAAAAGUUUUCCUCCAAAUCGAAAGUUUUUCUUAAAGCUCUCAAUAAAAUUUAUUUCGCGUUUGCAGGCGACUUCGAAGGCGCCAUCGAAGUCCUGGAGAAGUUCAAACGUCAAUAUCCGGGCUUCGUAGUCGUCGAAAUGCGCAUCUUGAGUACCAUGCGACGACAAGUUGAGAGUGAAAAGUUAGCUUUUGUUCCAAUUUCCUGACACUUUUUAUGAAUAGUUUAACGCUAACCAAGUGGAACUUAGUGCUGAAGGACGAUUCAAAAUGAAAGAAACUAUGAUAUUCAUUCAAAAGUCCAUUUUUUGUUUUGAGAAAUUCAAACUACGCGGAUGUUAUCACGGCCUACGAGAAGCUGAUUUACGCACCAGACACCUCGAGACACUUGAGCAGCUUUUAUGCGGAAAAACUUGCCAGGUUAAUUUCCAUUCUUAAAAAAUCAUAUUUAUAGUAACCGCUAAGAGAAAUAUAGUAUCGGAAAAAACUUGGAAAACCAUCACCAGAUAAAGAAAAAAAGGCGUAAAAUUUCUCUCCAUGGUAAAUUAUUUCCAACUCAGGUUCUUGGCGAAAGUUCGAAAUGACAGAAAGGCAGCCGAUAAAGUUCUGCGGAAAGCGAUUGAACGCGAUUACGUGAGAAAUUAGACAGUCCUACAGGUGUUCAAAUUUAUCGUUGCAGGACAACAUCAAGCUGUUCCUUCAAGUUAUUGAUCUUGUCUACUCCACUGAAGAAAUGUCUGAGGUUAAAAAUCCUUUUUUAAAAAAAUGAAAAUGGACGUUUUCUGACGUUCAGACUUCGGUUCUCGAUGCUUUCGACUUCGCUUUGAAGUCUCAACUCGGCUUGGAAGACAAGAUUCGCAUCAGCCAGAGGAAGUUGGACUUUCUCGAGGAGCUCUCAUCAGACGUCGAAUUGUGAGAAAUUGCACAGCUUUCCAAUACUACUUUUUUGUCUCUAGGAUCGAAGAACACGAAGUUUAUCACUAUUCUCUAGUUUCCCAGUUACCUGCCACCGCUCCGAUUCGUACGAGGUUCAUGAACGGCAAUGGUCGCUUGUGAGUUUCAACUUCUUUGUUCACGAAAUUUAAUAAUUUCGUGUAAAUUUCUGAUUUUGAAAAAAAAUAGAAACUUGACCAACCGCUAUAUUUUAUCUAACUUCAAUUUGAAUAGUUCACGCAACACAUACUAUGAUUAAAAAUAUUUUUUUUUCGUAAUUUAUUAUUAUCCUGUGAAUAUUUUCAAAGCAGUACAAAAGUCGAGAAAAGCUAUCAGCGCUGUGAAAGUUUUCGGAGGCACUAAAAACCAUUCAAACAGUUUGCUCAUCUUGCUCGUGGUUAAAUGUCGCAACAAAUCAGCGCCCAUUUUGAAGUUUUUUUAAUUAACCGAAACGCCAAUUUUUUGUUACGAUAUGCUCACUAUGUUCGAAGCCUGUUUCAACUUCUAGUUGUGCUCGAUUUCGCGUUUUCUUCAACAAAGUAUAGAGAAGAAAAACUGAAUAAUGUUUUCAGGCCAAUGGCUCCGAUGCAAUGGGGAAUGGGUGGCGUUCCACAGCAGAUGGGUGAGUUGAGAUCUCCUCGAAAAUAUCCUUCUGCGUCUUCUCAGGCCAAGUGAUGAACCAGCAGCCGGUGUUCGCCCCAACCGUAGUCCAGGCACAGAUUCAACCUCCAGUUCAGCUGCAAAUCGUCGAAAAUGUCGCCUCCGUGGCAUCUGUCGGCCAAACACCGGAGACGUUCAAUUCGCCUAUCGCCGUCGCCGAGUCUACCCCAAUGGAGUAA